AUGCCAAACCUGGUGGGAAAAGGUGCCCGUGUGCUGUUGCUGCUGCUAGGGCUGAUCACAAUCCUCACUCUUCCGUCCGCCUAUGGCCAAUGUUCGCCGGGCGAUGAGAAAAAGGCAACGGAAAAAUCCGAUCUUGAUCAGUCCCGUACGCGGCUGUACAAGGGUGAAUCGAUCUUCACUCUGCAGUUGCUGGAUGCCAUCAACACUGCUACGCCCAACGAAAAUCUCUUCUUUUCACCGUAUAGUCUGUAUAAUGUGUUGCUGAUGAUGUACUUCGGUGCACAAAAUUCUACGGAAAAGCUACUCCGAACCGGUCUUAAUCUGCAGUGGUCCGAUAGUAAGACGACCGUACAUGAAGCAUACGAUACAGCCCGGAAAUCACUGCAGGGUCGAUUCAGCGAAAGCAACGCGGUCGGGUUUAGCUCGGUCGAUAAGCUGUUCUUUGGACGCCAGAUUCCCAUCUCGACCUGCAUGCAACAGAAGUUUGCCGACACUAUCGAACAGCUCGACUACGAAAACAAGCCCGAGGAGCAACGUGUGUACAUUAACCGAUGGGUUGAGAUGGCAACACGGGGACAUAUUAAGGACCUACUGGUACCUGGUGCAAUCUCCCGCAACACCAAGCUAGCAAUUGCCAACGCGGCAUACUUCAAGGGCACUUGGCAGACUAAGUUUAAGGCUGCUGAAACCAAAAAGGAAAUCUUUUACAUCUCCGCCGACCGUCAACUGUUUGUCGAUAUGAUGCACGUCGAGGGAACGUUCAGUCACGCUGCUAAUGAAAAGCUGGGUUGUCACAUUCUGGAGCUCCCGUACAGUGCGGGUGGUGAGGGCGACGACAAUGAACACAGCGACAAUCCAAAUCAGGUAUCGAUGUUUGUCUUUCUGCCACCGGCUGAACCAAACGCUCUCUCGAAAUUGCUAGCCAGACUGGCCGCCGACACUAACAUCCUACACGAAGUGGUGAACGAUGGCAUUUCGCGCAAGGUUGACGUUAAGCUGCCGAAGUUUAACAUCGAGAAAACUGUUGAAAUGAAGCCUGUGCUGGAGCGGUUAGGCAUGGGUGAGCUGUUUGAGAAUACGGCCAAUUUCGAUAGUUUCACUGAUGGGCGAGAACCGAUCGGCUUCGAUGAGGUGCUACAGAAAUCAAAAAUAGAGGUAAACGAAGAAGGUUCAGUGGCCGCUUCCGCAACGAUUGCCUUUUCGUUCCGAUCCUCGCGACCGGUCGAUCCGGCCAUGUUCCAUUGUAACCAUCCGUUCGUAUUCAUCAUCUACGAUUAUGGCACUCGGUCUGUCCUGUUUAACGGGGUCUAUCGUCAGCCAGAGUAA